UGUGUCUUUCUCUGUUUUUGUAUCAUCAAAUUAGCAAUGGCUUCCUCUAGCUUGUACAUUUGCACUGUGCUUCUCUUGUCCUUGCUAGUCAUUUCUUCUGCCACCGACUAUGGAUAUACCUAUACUCCAACCCCACAAACCAAGCCAGAAGAAAAUUACAAGACUUUGCCAAAGCCUGAAGAGAAAGACAAGUUUUCUCCUUACAAGAAGCCUGGAGAUGAUAGUGAAACAAAACCAUACUAUGGUCAGGAACCAAAUCCAGAAGGAAAAGAAAAACUAGUGGAUCUCCCAAACAUCUUUGACGUUCAAGGGCUUGUUUUAUGUAAAAAAGGGUCCAAAUAUUUCCCACUUAAAGGGGCUGUUGCAAGGAUUUCAUGUGAUGGUGUUGAUGAGGAGGGGUAUAAGAGAAGUGAUUUCUACACAUUUAGUGGUGCUUCCGAUGAGAAUGGCUAUUUCUUUGCAACUGUAUGUCCCUCACAACUUGAGAAGAACUGGAAGCUCAAGAAGUGCAAGGUGUUCCUUGACAAGGAGCACUCGAGCUUAGACGCUGACUGCAAUGUUCCAAUUGAUGUUAAUAAAGCCAUUACCGGUGUUCCACUUGCCUCUAUCAAUUAUCGAAUCCUCCAUGACAACAUCAAUCUCUACUCUGUUGGUCCAUUCUUCUGCACUCCAUCAGAACCUAAUCCUUCAGUCCCCUAUGAUGGUGGUUAUUAAUUUAUUAUAAUAAUUCUUUUUGCGUUUACUUUUUACAAAUUUGUUUAAGGUUUUACACUCUCCCCUAUGUUUGGGAGGGUUUGAAUUGAGUUUUCAACUACUAAUAAGUUUGAGAGUGAUAUUCAUGUAAUUUGCUUUUAAAGAUUUUAUCUUUUGUUUGUCCUUUGUCUUGUUCAUUUUUCCACCUAAUGUAACUUAUUCUUCUUCUAUUGGAAUUAUAUGUGAAUUUUAUUUUUGGAACAGAAUGAG